AUGGGGCGCCUGCGCAAGCAGGGGCCGCAGGCGGUCCUUAAGACGGCACCCGCCUACAGCUUUGGCAACAUACCAACACCUCCGCUCACAGGUGACACGGGGCCAGGGCCUGGCGCGUACUUCACGCGCAAGAUCGUGGAGCGCCCUGGCGGCUGGAGCGUCGUCUCCACCGGCACCAACGCCCCGGCAACCACCAUCCGCGUGCGCCCCAUGGACGCACGCGCGGCCGCUGCCACGCCGGGCCCGGGGGACUAUGAGCCGCGCGACGAGCUGCUGCGCCGCAGCAGCCCCCAGUUCACCAUAAGGGGCGUAGACCCCAAGGCACGCCACUACACCCCCGAGCGCAGCGACAAGCUGCAGCACCCCGCAGCGCCGGCAGUAGCAAUCACGCACAAGCACCCGCCGCCAGAGAGCUACGAGAAGAGGCCAGCGCCUGGGGAGUACAGCGGCGCGCCGGGGUACCGCUCAAAGAGCCCACUGCUAGUGACCCUCAAGUUCCGCCGCCCCCCGCCCGCCAGCCAGCGCCCCGAGAGCGGCCACGCGGUGCCGGGCCCCGGGCAGUACCCCCUCCGCUGCAGCCUGGGGGGGCCGGCCUACAGCAUGGGGCGGCGGCUGCGGCGGCAGGGCGGCGGGGGCAGCGGCGGCGGCGCGCGUGGCGCAGACGGCGCGCCGGGGCCUGGCGACUACGAGAUCUGGGACACCACUAUUGGCCUCGCGGGGCGGCUUGCCAAGAGCCAAUGA